GGCCGCUAGCGCUCCUGUAACUAGGUGGGGUGGGGGAGACAAGUGGUCCAUACUGUAGCUGUGAAGGCUGAAGGUGGCCGCUCCUCCUGCCCCCUCCACUCACACCAUGUCUUCUUCAAUGGGGCCCAGAGGCCCCCGGCCACCCCUAGUGCCUCCCCCGAUGUCCGAUCUCCCCGAUCUCAGCCAUCUGACCGAGGACGAGAGGAACACGAUCAUGGCAGUGAUGAACCGACAGAAGGAGGAGGAGGAGAAGGAAGAGGCCAUGCUCAAGACGCUACAUCAACAGUUUGAAAGCUAUAAAGAACAAAUCAGAAAAAUCGGAGAGGACACCAAUCGGUACCCUGGAGAACACAAGGAUGAUGCACCAACAUGUGGGAUCUGUCACAAAACCAAGUUUGCCGAUGGCUGCGGGCAUUUAUGCUCUUACUGUCGAACAAAAUUUUGUGCCCGUUGUGGUGGUCGUGUGUCACUUCGGUCAAACAAUGAGGACAAAGUGAUUAUGUGGGUUUGUAAUCUGUGCCGAAAACAACAAGAAAUUCUUACAAAAUCGGGAGCUUGGUUUUUUGGAAGUGGGCCACAACAGCCUCCAAGUCAGGAUGGAACAUUAAGUGACACUGGUACAGGUGUUGGUUCUGAUGCACCAAGGGAAAAGAAAGCCAGACUUCAAGAGAGAUCUAGAUCUCAAACACCUUUAAGUACUGCCGCAACAGCCGGUUCUCAAGAGACCUCACCUACUAGUUUACAGUCUAAUCGAAGCAAAGGGUCAGAACCAUCAUUACAAGGUGCAGUCCAAGAGCAGAAACAGUCAUCAAGGUCAAGAAGUGAACCACCACGAGACAGGAAAAAGGUUGUGUCAGUUUCCGAACAGAAUGGAAAAAUUCUGAAAAGUGAUCGUAAGAGAAACCAGAAAUUUCCUAACCAACAAGGGCAGGUUUAUACUGAUGAACAUAAAGAAAGAAGAGAAAGUAGAAGACUGGGAAAGGGGAGAUCACAGGACAUUCCAGAGAAAUCCGAAGAGGGGACAGACAUGGAACAAGACAAAGAAAGAGCUAAUGAAGAGUAUCAAACACGGUAUAGAAGUGACCCUAACUUAGCCAGGUACCCUGUAAAGCCACAGCCUGAGGAGCAACAGAUGCGUAUGCAUGCUAAGGUUUCAAAGGCGCGGCACGAAAGAAGGCACAGUGAUGCAUCUCUACCACAUACAGAAUUAGAUGAACCAGAAGUUCCUGAGAACAAAUUAGGGAAGAAUUCUCAAGUGCAAGGCACUCAGGACAAAAGAACUGUUCUAGAAAGUCAGCAAUCCUAUUCUAUUGAUAGGAACGGCGAUAGGAUAGUUUCUAAGCCAAACCAAGUGUCAAAUCACAGCCCACCUAGUCCUAGACAUAGCCCCGUGCCACCAGAACACACCGAGACUAAAAACCAUGAUUCUUUCAAAAAACAAACUCGGUUAGACCCAAGCUCUGCACUUCUAAUGAGAAAAACUAACCGUGAAAAAAUGGAGACAAUGUCAAGGAAUGAUUCUCUUAGUUCCGAUCAAUCAGAAUCUGUUAGGCCAUCCCCACCAAAGCCCCACAGGUCUAAAAGAGGUGGAAAGAGAAGACAGAUGUCAGUGAGUAGCUCAGAAGAAGAGGGAGCUUCUACACCAGAAUACACCAGUUGUGAGGAUGUGGAAAUUGAAAGCGAAAGUGUUAGUGAAAAAGGUGACUUGGACUAUUACUGGCUGGACCCUGCCACGUGGCACACUAGAGACACGUCCCCUCUCGGUUCGCACCCUGUUACCUGGCAGCCAUCAAAGGAGGGCGAUCGUUUAAUUGGACGUGUUAUUUUAAAUAAGAGAACAAGUAUGCCAAAAGAAUCUGGAGCACUUCUAGGGCUGAAAGUUGUCGGUGGAAAAAUGACAGAAACAGGACGCCUUGGUGCCUUCAUCACCAAAGUAAAGAAGGGAAGCCUGGCAGAUGUUGUAGGUCAUUUAAGAGCAGGUGAUGAAGUUCUAGAAUGGAAUGGGAAGCCUUUGCCAGGAGCAACAAAUGAAGAUGUUUACAACAUAAUUUUACAAUCAAAAUCGGAACCACAAGUGGAGAUCAUUGUGUCACGACCCAUCGGUGACAUUCCAAGGAUCCCAGAAAACUCCCAUCCGCCAUUAGAAUCUAGUUCUAGUUCCUUUGAAUCUCAGAAGAUGGAUAGGCCUUCAAUAUCUGUAAUAUCUCCAACUAGUCCUGGAGCUCUUAAAGAUGCACCUCAGGUCUUGCCAGGACAGCUGUCUGUAAAAUUAUUGUAUGAUAAAGUAGAACAUCAUCUAAUAGUCACUGUGCUACAAGCAAUAGAUCUCCCACCGAGACCAGAUGGGCGCCCCAGGAAUCCUUAUGUAAAAAUGUAUUUUCUUCCGGAUAGAAGCGAUAAAAGUAAGCGGAGGACCAAAACAGUGAAGAAAAGCUCCGAACCAAAAUGGAACCAAACAUUUGUUUACUCCCAUGUACAUCGUAAAAAUUUUAGAGAACGAAUGUUAGAAAUAACUGUAUGGGAUCAGCCAAGAGUGCAAGAAGAGGAAAGCGAAUUUCUUGGAGAGAUUCUCAUAGAGCUAGAGACUGCACUAUUAGAUGAUGAACCUCACUGGUAUAAACUGCAAACACAUGAUGAGUCUUCACUACCUCUGCCUCAGCCAUCACCUUUCAUGCCAAGGAGACAUGUACAUGGAGAAAGUUCUAGCAAAAAAUUACAAAGAUCUCAGCGAAUCAUUGAUAGUGACUUCUCAGAUUUUGAUGUUGAUGAUGGUAUUGGAGUUGUGCCUCCAGUUGGCUCAAGGUCUAAUACUAGGCAAAGCCGAUCUACAACAUUAACAGUGCCGGAACAGCAAAGAGUGACUCAUCAUCGUUCCCGUUCCGUAUCUCCUCACCGUGUUGAUGAUCAGGGCAGGACCCGCUCACGUUUACCAAAUGUGCCAUUACAGAGGAGCCUAGAUGAAAUUCAUCAAAUGAGAAGAUCACGUUCUCCAACAAGACACCAUGAUGCCUCCCGCAGUCCAGUUAUUCAUAGGUCCAGGGACUCGGACAGUCAGUAUUUGUCAGAUCAAGAAAAUGAACUCCUUAUGUUGCCCAGAGCAAAACGUGGACGAAGUGCUGAGUGCUUACAUACUAUCAGUGAACUACAGCCCUCCCUUGACAGGGCUCGAAGUGCUAGUACCAACUGCUUGAGACCAGAUACUAGUUUGCAUUCACCAGAACGAGAAAGGCAGCCCAGAAAAAUGGAAAAAUCUAGCAACCAGAAACCAAACAAUAAAUGUGCUGUUUCUGAAGUAAAAAGAAACCAUCAAGUAGGAAGUCAUUCAUCUACGGGGGACUCUUCAUUUAGUCGGAGAGGAAGGCAGCUUCCACAGGUCCCUGUAAGGAGCAACAGUGUAGAACAAGAACAAGAGAGUUAUAGCUCCUCUUCAACAGCAAAUUUGUUAGUGGAAGAACGUGCAAGACAAAUGAAAAUAAAGGUUCAGCGAUAUAAGCAGACAGCUGGAUCUAGUUCCAGUCAAGAACUGGAGAGAGAGCAAUUUUCUAAAUAUAACAUGCAUAAAGAUCAAUAUCGAAGUUGUGACAACGUCUCAGCCAAAUCAUCAGAUAGUGAUGUCAGCGAUGUGUCAGCCAUUUCCCGUACCAGUAGUGCCUCACGUCUCAGCAGCACAAGCUUUAUGUCCGAGCAAUCUGAGCGUCCAAGCAGAAGGCUCUGGAUGCAAGGCAGACGGAUGGGAUAUUCAGGGAGAACCAUCACUAAGAGCACAAGUGUAAGUGGAGAAAUCUACAAGCUAGAACACAAUGAUGGAAGCCAGUCUGAUACAGCUGUGGGUACAGUUAUGACAUUUGGAAAGAAAAGAAGACCAAGUCUGAGUGCCAAAGUUGUUGCCAUAGUGUCCCGGAGAAGUAGAAGCACAUCACAGCUUAGCCAAACAGGGCUGUCCAUUUUCGAUAGUUUAUCAGUGACUGAACCAGGUAGACAGAUCGGGCAUUGCCACCGGCAUCUUCCUUGCAGCUGUUGCAAGACAGAUUCUGGCAACAAGAAAUUCAAAAGUACAAUUCAGAGAAGCACAGAGACGGGAAUGGCAGCUGAAAUGAGGAGUCGUAUGGUGCGACAGCCAAGCCGAGAGUCGACAGAUGGAAGUAUUAACAGUUACAGCUCUGAGGGAAAUUUAAUAUUUCCAGGAGUAAGAUUGGGGGUUGACAGCCAGUUCAGCGACUUCCUAGAUGGACUUGGACCUGCUCAACUAGUUGGUCGACAGACAUUAGCAACACCUGCAGUGGGUGACAUACAGAUAGGAAUGGUGGAUAAGAAAGGACAGUUAGAGGUUGAAGUAAUAAGAGCUCGAGGCCUCAUACAAAAGCCAGGCUCCAAAUCUACACCAGCUCCAUAUGUGAAAGUGUACCUUUUAGAAAAUGGAGCUUGUAUAGCCAAGAAGAAGACUAGAAUUGCACGGAAAACCCUUGAUCCUCUCUAUCAGCAGACGUUGGUAUUUGAAGAAAGCCCUCAUGGAAAGGUCCUCCAGGUGAUCGUCUGGGGAGACUACGGCCGAAUGGAUCACAAAUCUUUUAUGGGUGUUGCACAGAUUCUCCUGGAAGACCUUGAUCUGUCCAGCGUGGUGAUCGGAUGGUACAAGUUGUUUCCACCCUCGUCCCUGGUGGAUCCAACAAUGACUCCCCUUACUCGCAGGGCUUCCCAAUCAUCUCUUGAAAGUUCAACGGGCCCUCCUUCCAUUAGGUCAUAGCAAUCUGGAAGGCAGUCUAACCUGAUGUAAUCACAAUGUUAAUGCCUAAUAAAAGAUUUCGAACGGUAUACGUAUGAUCAAAAGCAUUGCUGGAGACAGACAAUCAUUUAUUUUUUUGCCUUCAGUAAUGAUCCAAAAAAUAAAAAUAUCUGAAAAUUAGUCCUGUUGGCAGAGGAAAGCGAGAAUAUGAGUACUGUAAAAUGAAUAUACAGUUCAGCACUAUUGAAGUCACACAUGCUCAGUGGGAUAGUAAGGGUGACAAUGAAUUCAAAACUGGAAGCUUUCACUCUGUUAGAAAUGUUUGUGAUACAUUUUUACAGACCAUAAGCAGUGUUAUCAUAUUGGUAUUUCAGCAUAUUUUAUACUUGUUAAUUCCAUUUUUUUUUUUUUAUACUGUGUUAACCUGCCAGUUUCAUAAAGGCAUUUGUGACAAUUCUCACAUACCAUUUUUUUUUUUUUGUCCUUUUGUUAUUGAUUUCAUAGGAGCUGAGCAUUGCAGAAGUGAUGAUGGCUGUGGUUCCGUGUAAAAUUCCCCGCUGCCUGAAAUACUGUCAGUGACUUUGAGGAGCACUGCUAUGUAGUGCUUUCCUGUUAUUACUGACCCUGCUUUUUCAUGUAGUGCUUCACCACUGGGAACCACAGAUGUAUUUUAUGUAUUAUACUGCAUGCUGCCAUUCUAUUGGAGCACAGCAAUUGUUAGCACUACCCCCCAUACUCUGGCCUCAGGGCUAUGGAUAAACGCAGAUGCUGCAGUGCAGCAGUCGCAUGAAGCAGACCCCUUUCGAAAUGGUCCAAGUGCAAUGAAAUGCAUCUAUGUUGUUACAUGGUGUGACUAACGCUACAGAAUAGUCAUGGAUGCAAUAGCUUUCAUUAUUUCACCAAUAAAGGAUAUGUUUAUGUUGCCAACGUUUCUCAUCCCAUAAUAAAAAUGCCAACAUGUUUGUGUUACUCCUUGUUGCGGUAUGGGAAAAUGUAGAAUGAUUGAUUGCGUAAGAUUAUUCUUUAUCAAAAAAUUUAAAAAAAAAAAAAAAGAAAAAAAUACAGUUUAAAAUAUUACAAAUAUUUUGUUUUCCCACUUUUAUUUUGUACAUUUUGGAUUGCAAAUUAUGGCUUUAAUGUUUUUUCUCUUUGAUUUGUUUCUGUGCAUGGGAGAGGUUUGAAGAAGUCUGUUUGUAACCAACGCCGAGGCUGCUGCAAGAGAUUUCCUUCCUUUGGCAUUUCCAGAUAAAGUAUCGUCUGAGCUGUUUUUCUUUGACCAUUAGCCAGUUGCUGUACUUGUUUCUGUGUAUAAAUUGUAUAGUUUACAUCCCGUAAUGCUGACCAAUGGUGGGGAUGAGCAUAUGACACUUUGAGCUGUAUCCAGGUCUAUGAUAUGUGUCACUUUAGACACCCCUGUCUGUCCUGGGUAGAGCAUGGUAUGAGCUGUUUAAAAAUCACUGGGAAUUCCAGUUGAGAUAUUCUGCACUUACUAAUAUUUUUAUCAGAUUUUCGUUUACCUUUGUUUGAGAUUGAUGCAAGCACAAGGCUUGGUUUUUUUAACGCAAAAUAUUUUACUUUUUAGAGGGAUUAAGAAAAAGAGAGAAUAUACUUAAAUUUCAAUUUGCAUUUUUCUUUUCUUUGUUCCUUUUUUUGGCCUUGAAGUUCCUCGUGAUCUCUGUACAUGUGCUACAAGCUGCAGACUGUGCAGGUGCAUUGAUGAUGUUUCCCUCCUUUUUUGGGCCAUUCAAAUUUUGUGAUCACACGAGUAGAGCAGCAUGUCAUGGAGUAAUUCAACGCUGCAUGCAUGUUUUGUUAAAAAAAUAAAAAUAAAAAAGACAAAAAAAGGUGAAAUAAUAAUGUGUGUUAGUUCCACAUAGGCUGGCUUGUAUGUUGCAUGUACUUGUACAGUUUGACCGUAAUGAUAAUGACAUAACCAAGAAAUCUAAGCCAUCCAUUUUUCUGAUAGACAUUUUGCAGGUUUUUACCAGACUUAGAUGUGAUAGUCUGGUGCUAAAUGCCUAUAGAUGGACAUUAUUUUAUACCCUAUGGAAACGUAAUGUAGUACGGACCAAAUUCCUUAUAAUAAAUAUUUUGGUGUAAAUUCCUACUGUGGGGCUGUAACACAUGUAGAAAUGGUGUACACACUAGGUUUUGAUUCAUAGACAUACUGCCUGCACCAAGUGAAUUAUUUAUUGUUAAUAUACAGGCUGAAACCAUUAUGCCCAUAUUUGUGGAGGGCAUUGAUAGGUUACUGCUUGACCUGCUGAGCAGGAAGAACUGAAGCACUGGUGCACUACUAGAUUAUGUACUGUCUUAGUGGCCAAAACAACUGAACUAAUUCUAAUUGGGUAGUAUCUUUCUAUUGGACCACUUGUCUUAACACCCCCCUGUGCUUUUAAAUAAACUUCCAACUCAUGUUCUGUAAACAUGUUUAA